AUGCAGUUCAAGAACCUCGUCCUCGCCGCUUCUGCCGCAGUCACUGCCUCUGCCCUCCCCGCCGACGUGUGCAGCAACAACAACAACAACAACAACAACAACAACAACAACAACAACAACAACAACAACAACAACAACAACAGCAACAGCAACAGCAACACCUUUGGCCUCGUCGCCAUCCACUCCGGCAGUGCCGUGCAGUAUGCCGGCUUUAACGCUGCCCUGAGCAGCAUCUUCGCCGGCCUUCCUUCCCAGAACGCCAGCUGUGACCGCCCCAAGGAGCAGUCCGCCACCUUCUACAUCAAGGACGGCGCUCUCUACCUCUACGCCGCCUCGGCUACUCCCCAGGAGCUCUACGUCGACCGUUCCGGCAUGGGCCAGGGCAAGAUCGGCUACACCACCGGUGCUCAGCCCGCUCCCCGCAACGCCGAGCGCACCGGCUGGGCUAUUAAGGACGGCCACCUCCAGUUCGGUGGUAACGACCUGAUUGCCUGCCCCAACAGCAUCGACGGCGCCUGGAGUAUCUGGGCCUCUGCCGGUGUUGCCAAUCCCGGUGGUAACCACGACUGCGUUGGCAUCGCUGCUCGUGUUGUUGAGACUUCCAACCCCAACGGAUGUCUCUACACCCAGUAG